AUGGACGGAGCAGCUGCUGUUGCUGACGUCUCUCUGGACACUGCUAACCCUCUGCUCAAAGCAGUGUUUCUGCGCCGUCUCCGUCUCACUCGGCUGCUUUUGGAUGGAGGAGCGUAUGUGAACGAGAGCGACAGCAGGGGCCACACCCCCCUCAUGGUGGCCUGCAGAACUCCACACUCUGAUGGUCAGAGCGCCAGCAGGGUCAAACUGGUGCAGUUCCUACUGGAGAGAGGAGCAGACCCAAACAUCCAGGACAAGACAGGCCGCUCGGCUCUCAUGCAUGCCUGCAGGGAGCUGGCCGGGGCUGAGGUGGUGUCCCUGCUGCUGUCUAGUGGAGCAGACAUCAGCCUAGAGGACCAAACAGGGACCUCUGCACUGGUCUAUGCUGUCACUGCUGGAGACUGGAAGGUGGUCAGGCUAUUGUUGGACACCUGCAAGGCCAGUGGAAAAGAGGUCAUUAUUAUAACAGCAGAUAAAUUGCCAUGCGGCACAUUACAAGCAAAACAGUACCUCAGUAUGCCACCAAUCAGCCCCACAGACAAAACGUCUUUGGCUGCUCCUCCUACGUCUCCUUCUGAAGUCCAGCUCAUUACCUCUCCUCAGAUUAGCCCUGUGACCUCUGCAUCAACACUGCCCGUUUUCUCCUUCAAAGAGACUUCAGACAGUGGGGUCAGUGGGGUCAGCUCGCACCCCUGCUCUCCAUCACGACUUCGAGCUGUGGGUCAAACUGCCAUCAAUGGACUUCAACAGCCACUGCUCAGGCUGAACUCAGAGCCAUGGUUGAAAAUCCCUGCUUCUAUUCUAAACCAGCAGCUGCAUGCUAACAUCGAACAAGCUCCAGACAUAAACCAUAAUAGAAUACAGAGAAAACAUGUUGCCAGUGAGGACCAAAGCUCAGCUACAGAAAGUUUGAAGAUGUUUGAAGACAGCCUAUCAAGGGAGAGAAAAGCAGGAGUUAAACAUUUAGGUCACAAGAUUUCCCUUCCUGGUCUUCUCUCUCCUCACUCAGCCUCACACCCCAACUUGCAUUCUGAAAAUUUAGGUGAUUCAACAAUGUCCACAUCGGUUUCCUUUCCCAACAGAAGAACACUAGGCAGUGCAUUUAACAAUGCUUCCUCUUCAAGUCUAUACACCAUUAUUCAAAAGCGUAAUUUAGGGUCAGACAUCUACAGCUCUGAUCCACAGAUAGCCAUGAAUACAAAGAAUAUUCCUGAGGAGCCAGAGGAAGUUAUGGGUCAGACACUAGAGGGGAACAAGCUUUUGCCAGUACGCUGCUCCAGCACACUGGGGGCAAGGGAACCCCCACUCACACAAAGCCUGAACCGAAGAGUGCUGUCCCGAUAUGAGCGCAGAGGAUCAGGGACGCUCUUCCAGGACUCCCACUUACAAAGCAGCAGGCCCAACAUGCUGCCACCACUGAACAGCUCAAAAACAUCUGUGCUUGGAAUAUACAGCCUGAGCUCCAACAGCGGAGCUGAGAAAGAGUCUAAUCAGAGAACUUUGAUUCCCUCGGCUCCUCCUGGGGCCCCAAAGGAGCUGACCAGGCGCAUGCUGCUAAGGAGACACUCGAUGCAAACUGAAUACAAAACGUCUGUAUAA